UUUAAUCACAUUGCUUAACAUUAAUCACUCCCGCCACGACGCGUUUUCUUCAAUUCAACUUAUAAAACUCGAAACCUUAAUUACGUUAUACAAAACUAAGUUUUUCUUUUCUUCCAAGUUUGUUAUUCCUCCUCCCGAAUCUUCGCAAUAAAAACAGAACCGAUUCCGACCAAUUGAGAUCUGUAAAAUGACGAAUCCCGACAAACAGAAGCCGGUUGAAGUUACUGACGUGGAGACUGCGGCGGAGAAGACGUCGGAGCCGACGCCAGCAUCUGGAACGUCGACGAUUACUCAGAGAUGGAAAAGAGAGGAUUUGAUAAAGAAAGCAUCUCCGAUUACGAGAGGAAUUUGUCUAUUGUUCUCUCUUCUUGCUUUCUUAAUUAUGGUCUCUAAUAAACAUGGUUACGGUAGAAACUUCAAUGAGUACGAAGAGUACAGAUAUGUAUUGGCGAUAUCGAUUAUUUCAACAUUAUACACUGCGUGGCAAACAUUUGCACAUUUCUCAAAAAGGGAAUUUUUCGAUCGCCGGACAUCAACUUUGGUCGAUUUCUCCGGCGACCAGAUUGUAGCGUAUUUGCUCAUAUCAGCUGCAUCUUCUGCAAUUCCAUUGACAAACAGAUUCAGAGAAGGUCAAGAUAACAUUUUCACUGAUUCUGCUGCUUCUGCUAUCAGCAUGGCUAUCUUCGCAUUCGUCGCGUUAGCUCUCUCUGCUCUCUUCUCCGGUUACAAACUCUCCACUCAUUCUUUCAUUUGAAUCUGUCUCUCUGCAAUAACGUGCUUCAAUAGUUUUAUACCAUUGUGAUCUUUGUUAUACAUGUAAAUGUCAAUUCUUUUAUGUGUUCAUAUAGCUGAUACCAACUUCUGUUAUUUGGGUCUGUCACUGUGAUUCUCUGUGUCACUGUGUGUGUGUGUGUUCUUCUUUGAUACAUUAUUCAUAAGUGAAAAAUGUGAAAAUUGAUUGGUUU